UGCAUCAUCGCAAACCUGCCAUUUUUCAUGCCGUGAUCACCCAAUACUGACCAUUUCUGUCGGACAGCGGCUGAAAAUGAGCAGCUUCAUUCCUCGGAUAGAGCAGCUGUCUUCCCGGGUGGUGCGGGUUUUGGGGUGCAACCCUGGGCCCAUGACACUCCAGGGAACCAACACGUAUUUGGUGGGGACGGGGAAGAGACGCGUCCUGAUAGACACAGGCGAAGCUGCCGUACCGGAGUACCUGAGCUGCCUGCAGCAGGCGCUGACCCAGGCUGACGCGGCCAUCCAGGAGAUCGUGGUCACUCACUGGCACCACGACCAUACGGGGGGGGUCGCCGACAUCUGCAGGGAGUUUGCCCGAGAUUCCGACAUGCGCAUUAGCAAGCUCCCCCGCACACCCUUCAUGGAGGAAGCACUUGGGAAUGAGAGGAGAUACACCUAUCUGAAGGACGGAGAUGUUAUAGAAACGGAAGGAGCCACCCUCAGGAUCCUGUUCACUCCCGGGCACACAGAUGACCACAUGGCCCUAAUGCUGGAGGAAGAGGGGGCUAUUUUUUCUGGAGACUGCAUUCUGGGUGAGGGUACGGCUGUGUUUGAGGACCUGUACCUCUACAUGAAGUCACUGCAGCGGCUGCUUACCUGCAAGGCCGACCUCAUCUACCCAGGUUAGAUAC